UAUUUUAAGUGUGGAAUCCUUUUGCUGAUGCUAGUCGGAUGUUGUGCAGGUGUAUGUUACGAUUCGCGUCCAGACUGUAAGGUAUUGGCACGGGACAAUCAUUGUCACGCUAACCCGUGGGCAACACUACGUCAAUGCCCCAUCGCCUGUGCCGUCCCUUGCGAACCCUGUGUUGAUCACAGGCACGACUGCCCCAGCCUGAAAGACGACUGCCACAGCAACCCUUUCUCUACUAUCUAUGCUUGUCCAAAAACCUGUGGUGCUUGUUACUAAAAGAGAAAUCUGCAAUCG